AUGUCGCACGAUAAAGCCCUUGACGCUUACGCCAACGGCGACCUCUCCACCCUCAAAACCAUUCUAUCCGACUUCCCCGAUGAAAUUACCAUCUCAUUUUUAUCCGAGGAUCCAUCCUGCAUCACCGAAUUCCAUGAGCGAGAAGGGACACUUCUGGCACUCGCCCUUCGAGGGGCGGCUCCCAAAGCGUUCAUCGAACACCUUCUCUCCCUGGGUGCCGAUCCAAACAUAAUCUCCGGCGACGCCAUUGCUCCCCUGGGUUAUGCCGCAUCCCGAUACGGUGACACUCCUGACAUGGUCGCACUGCUGGUCAAGAAUGGGGCGCGUAUCGACCGUGGAACCGCCCCCCUUGCGAGGGCAGCCUAUAAGGGCCACCUCGCGAUUGCCCAAUACCUGCUGGAUAAUGGUGCGGAUGUGAACGAUCCUGGUAACUGGGACCUACCUGGGUUUCCUCUGCUCGAUGCAGUCGAUGACCCCGCGCUGGUGGAUGGCUGGGGGAAAACGGCGUUCGACAUUGCGCGCGAAAAGGGUAGAGAAGAGAUCGUCAGUCUUUUGAAGGAAGCGGUAACGGGUCGUUGA